AUGAACAUUACUAUCAUUCGAAAAUUCCUCACUAAAUAUGGUACUUUCUUCAAUUUGUCAAUAGUUAUCGCCCUCUGCAUUGCAUCUGGUAUCUUCUUCAACAUCGCCACAGAAACGCCCCUAGAUGCCCUUUCCACCGCCAAAGGUGUUCCAGUUGCUGGUGCCUGGUUAUUCGGAGGGACAAUUCUUUCUUCUCAAAUUGCCAUGCUUAUGGGGCUUGUAUUUUGUUACCUUCGUUGA